CCACGAUGUUUUCUAGGCAACAACGGCCACUUCCGCUUCCUGUUAGUAUGUCCCAGUUUGUGCAAUCUAUUUUGCCAUGCACUCAAAAGUAACUACUAUGCCAAGACAAAAACAGUACCUGUAGGCGAUUUGGAACGCAGGGACAAACACAUAAAAGACAAGUUAUUAAUGACACGAGUUACUUCCGCAUUCCAUUCUUCUAACAGACGUCUAUGGGAGUGUCGCAACUCUGUUUUUCAAUUGUUCUGGGCUAACGGGGCGUUACCAGCCGCUGAACUUCAUGGAAGCUAUUGACGGGCAGGACAAAACUUUUAACCAAGCAGGCAGUUAUGUUACUAAUUCUAACAGUUUUCAAACAUAAAAAUAAAUUAAACAUGCAAUCUUUAGCGCUUCUGCUCUUUGCGAUUCAUCUCGCACUGACUGGAAGACACUCUAAUGAAUAUUUCGGCACUGUUGUGUGUAAAAACAAAAACAUCUCAGAGGUUACAGCAGUUGGAAUGGUCGAUGAUGAGGUGAUCAUGUACUUUAACAGCAACACAUUAAAAGUUGUGCCAAGGACAGAUUGGAUCAAAAAGAUUGAAGUAGGAGAAUACUGGAACAGAAGGACAGAGCAUGCACUUGCCAUCUUAAAGGCAUACGAGAACACCUUGCACAAUAUAAUGGAUCUAUUCAACAAUUCAGAUAUUCACACCUUUCAGAUGAUGUAUGGGUGUGAGCUGGAGGAUGAUGGUACCACUCGAGGAUACUGGAAGUUUGGUUAUGAUGGAGAUGAUUUCAUCAGUUUUGAUAAAAACACACUCAGCUAUACUGCUGCUAAUCAUCAAGCUGACAUCAUCAAGGACAAAUGGGACACUGAUAGGGCCAAAGCAAAAUACUGGCAACAAUAUCUGGAGAAUGCAUGCAUUGAGUGGCUGAGAAAGAUUGUGAGAUAUGGCAAGGACAGUCUGGAGAAAAAAUCUGCACCUGAAGUGUCUCUACUGCAGAAGUACUCCUUGUCUCCAGUAAUCUGUCAUGCUACUUGUUUCUACCCCAAAAACAUCACAAUGACCUGGAAGAAAAACCAUGAGGAUCUUAAUGAAGAUGUGGAGGUUAGUUUAACUUUUCCAAAUGUAGACGGAACGUUCCAGAAGAGCAUCAGUCUCUCAGUGAAGUCUGAGGAGUGGAAGAAGAAUCCAGAUGUCUACAGAUGUGUCAUUCAACAUGUGGGAACAGAGAUUGUUGUCACGCUUAAUGAAAAUAACAUAAAAUCCAACUCAGCUUCUGACAACUUUAUUGUGAAAUGUUUGGUGUCCAUCACCGUUGCAGUCAUUGUUGGAUGCUUGUUGGCAUUCACUGUCUUUGCUGUUAAAAAGAGGCUCAUUGCGUGUAAAAAGUCAAGAGAGGUGAAGAGCCAAAAUUCAACAGUCUAUGUGAAGGGCAGUGCCACAGGUACUACAUCAGAAAUAUCAGAUGAACCACUACACAAUGCAAAAUGCAAAAUUGUUUUACAGUGAUCUUAGGAUGCCCUCUUACUUUCUCAGUUGGUGCGUGUGAGCUGUAAAAAAAAGUGUGUACCUGGUCCUAAUCGCCCCUCUCCAAGUGGAGCUUGAACUGGCAUCAGUCUAUACAGAAUUACGACAUUGCCAUAGACCUCCAUAGUAAGAAUGGAAUGCGUUAGUAACUUGCUUCAUGGAGCAUCCGAUAGUUCCAAACACUGCACUGAAGCCCAUUUAUUUUAGUGUACCGCAAACGCAUUUGCUGUACAGUUGAUGAAAUAACGGCAUGUUUAUAUUUCAACGAGUUGGCGGACAUAUCUUAUAUUCAUAUUACUUCCCGGACAAAAUCUUGCUAUAAAUGUAGUCAAUGUAGUAUUCAGUGUACACAAUGUGCAAAUAUAUUUAGCAGAAUUUAUGCAAAUAUAGUUGCUGUUGUCUGUCCUGCUAAAAUCCAUUCAAAUUGGUUGCCAGCACGGAUUUGUUUGGAACUAUUGAGCACUCCAUGGAGCACUCCAUGAACCACAUGACCACACGGUGGCGAGAUCGAGUGUCAUAACUCUGUAUUUCAACGGCUCUGGGUGAGACGGGCACUCUAAUGAGGAGGCUAAAGACCACAGCCUCUAGUGCAGACCUGGGCAUUGUACGGCCUGCAGGCCACAUCCGGUCCACUGGGUUUGCAUGUCCCAUGCAUGUGACGUGACAGUGUGACCGUCCAGUUUUUUGUAAAUAUAUAAUGUGUUAUGGGCAGAACUGAGUUAACCAUCCUGUGCAUUGUCUUCUUCUUGCUUAAUUGUGAUUGCCUGUUCAUCUACUGAGGAUUGUUUUAUGUAAUGUGAAAUGAGCUUCUGCAAUUGAUCCAACUGAUGUACUGAAGUUUAAUAAAGAAGAAGA